GUCUGUGUUCUAUAUAUAGCCUAGCUAUUUAACUAGCUAGCUUGCUACCCGAUAUUAGCUAAGAAUAUUUAGCUGGCCAAGAUCGGACAGCGAAAUCUUAUGAGGGUAAAGAAAGACAGAGGUACCGCAUACAGCUAGAUAUAUAAAUAAAACCCACAUUAAAUGAUUAGUGUGGGUUAUCUGCCACAAAUGCUGGAGCAUAUGUCACGCACAGGCCCCGUGUCGCAGCUAUCCAGUCUAGCCAGCUAGCACUAAUACAUUCCAGGGGCUAACGAUCGCUAGCUUUCUGCUAGCGCACCGGUAACCGUUAAAUUUAGCACAAUUCAAAAUGAUUAUAACGAAUGCGGACGGUUAACAAAAUAACCAUGUGUUUAUCAAUGGAAACAUUCUGAAAUCACCUUCAGUUAUAGUUAGUUUUCCGAGUAGUGGUAAAAUGUGCUAUUGUAAUGAUGUACACGCGGCUCCCCGCUUCUGCAGAGACAGCCCGGAAGGACCUCAGAACUGGACGGAAGAACCACGUUUCGGAACGACUCCUUUAGCCAUGCUGGCUGCAACCUGCAACAAAAUUGGUAACACCAGCCCCCUCACCACACUGCCGGACUCCAGCGCUUUCGCCAAGGGCGGCUUUCUCCCGUGGAAAAGAUCUUCCAGUUGUAACUUGGGGUCCAGCCUUCCAGGGUUUGCCGUGGCGACAAGCAGAGGAUCGACUGGAUCAACAGCAACUUCUGGUACAAGCAGCGGCGCGUUUUGUUUAGCCUCUACAUCUCCGACCCCAUCUGUAUUUACCACAGAAUACAGCCUGUUUUCCAACUCGGGAACUGUGUCAUCAUCAGAAUCGGGACAGUCAGCCUUCCUUGCCCAAGUUCACACUCCCGCAGAGUCCCUAUACCCGCGGGUAGGCAUGGCGCAUCCAUAUGAAUCAUGGUACAAAUCUGGCUUCCACUCAACCAUUUCAGCCGAGGUUGCAAACGGGACGUCUCCUUGGUGGGAUGUCCACAGCAGUCCAAGCUCGUGGCUUGAGAUCCAAACUCCAGCUAACACUCUGCAAACUUCUUUGCACUCCGGAAGUCCCCAGACCAUUCACUCUCAAGUGAGUGGCUAUAACACUGAUUUAUCCCCUUUGACGUACUCCGCCUUCAGCUCUACUGGGAUAAGCCCAACGGCGUCUCAUCUUCUGUCCACGAGUCAGCACCUGUUGACACAAGAAGGAUUCAAACCCGUGAUCCCCACAUACACGGAUUCUUCCGCUGCUAGCGCCAUGAUCUCGGGAGCCAGUUCCGGGCUAGCGGGCUCAUCAAGGUCCUCCAGGAGGUACUCGGGAAGAGCGACCUGCGACUGUCCAAACUGUCAAGAGGCUGAACGGCUGGGUCCCGCUGGAUGCAGCCUCAGGAGGAAGGGACUGCAUAGCUGCCAUAUCCCGGGUUGUGGUAAAGUUUAUGGUAAAACGUCUCACCUGAAGGCCCACUUGAGAUGGCACACCGGAGAGAGACCGUUUGUGUGUAACUGGCUUUUUUGUGGUAAAAGAUUCACGAGAUCCGACGAACUGCAGAGGCACCUUCGCACCCACACCGGAGAGAAAAGAUUUACUUGUCCCGUGUGUAACAAACGCUUCAUGAGGAGUGACCAUUUGAGCAAGCACAUUAAAACUCACACUGCUGAAGGCGGAGACAAGAAGGGAAGCGACAGCGACACCGACACAAGCAACUUGGAGACCCCCAGAUCCGAGUCUCCGGAACUCAUUUUAGAGGGAGUGAACGCCAGAGUUGCGGUCAAGGACCUCAACGUUACGACUCAUAAAAGAUAUGAGUCAUAGUUAUGAAAUGCAAAUAACUUUGUGCAUUGACAAACAAUUACAUUUAAAUGACAUUCUUUAUUUUUUAAAAACGAGUCUGGAAUUUGUGAGACGCUAAGGCUGCGAAGUGUGUCUGAAAAAUAUUUCAUAUUUGAAAAAGCAACUCUUUUAAAAUAAAAAAAACACACUGAAUACACCGUAAUUAAAUAUAUACAUAUAUUUUUACAACUUUCACAACGAUUGUAUGAAAUGCAUUACGAAUGGUAUGAGUUGUAUGAGAAAGAUAGCAUGUCUUUCAGACCGUUCAGGGCAGUCGUAGUGGCAAAGUUAAUUACUUCUGAGUAGGCAUCAUGCGAAAAUAUGUAAAUUCUCAUUUUUUGACAUAUAUCAACGAGGAGAGUGUUAUUCAUAUUCUUGUAAAUAUUAAUUAUGAUUGUGUUGUCUCUUGGGUUCCUGCAAUUCAGGGUUUUGUUUCGAAGCACUUUGUGGAUAACGUAGCCUAUAUAAACAGCUAUUUAAAAUAUUUUCUUUUCUUAGAUGUUUUGAAAUUCUAAAAAUGUUACAAGCGUCAAAACGUUAUUGCAGCACAUUAUGAACGUUUAUUUGUAUAAAACCAAAAAAUAUAUAAUGGCACAAGAUUUUCAUUUCCUGAAAUAUUAAAGAAACCUACAUGAAAA